AUGUGCCCGCUGCUGCUGCUGCGGCGGCGAGGAAACCAGUCAGAUCUGCCCCAGAACGAGCGAAUCAUGCUGUUUCUAAAAGCGGAGACGGGCGGGCUCGCCCACACACCUCCUGUUAAAUGGCAGCUCGCCGUCGUCUACAGUAGGCACGCAUCCAUCCGUCCAUGUGUCUCCCUCCCAGAGAGGACGGGGGACGUGUCAGGAGUGAGCCCCCGUCAUUUAAAUAGACGAGGCGACAGAUGAAGAGGAGCGAGGAAGAGGAGCGAGGAAGAGGAGCGAGGAAGAGGAGCGAGGAGUCUCAAAGGGAGGCUGAAGACGUGACACAGCAGGACAUCCAGGCGAGCUGCCCAGGACUGACGGGAUGGUGAGGAGGCGCCAGAGGAGCGGCUUCAGUCCUUCAGUCCUUCAGCUGCACACACACACACACACACACACACACUGAAGCAGAAAGGUCUCCAGAACCAAAGGGAUCCAAACGGGCACCUCUGUUUGUUUCCUGUCUCACAAACACAAACAGGCUCCUCCCCCUCCUGUCCCUCUUCAGGUCCCUGUUUACAGAGUACAGUGUGUGACCCCUCCUCCCCAGGGGCCCGCUGUGUUCAGGGGCCGCCGCUCUUUUCUGGGAGAGGAGGUUAUUUUUGGCGUUGAGGGGAUGGCAGUGAUGUCAGGAGAGCUUCCUCAUCCUCCGGGCUCGGGUCAGAGCCGGCCGCAGAGAUUCUCCGGAGUUUUCCUGUUGUUGAGGAGGUGUGUGAGUGAGGUGUGUGUGUGUGUGUGUGUGUGUGUGUGUGUGUGUGUGUGUGUGUGUGUGUGUCUCCUCUCUAUACAAUGGUCCUCCUCUGGAUGACAGAUGCUGCUUAACCCGGCCUGACCCUCAGAACUGUGACGGUCCGUUUGACUGACAGGCCUGCAGAGGACGCACAGAGGCUCUGAGGACGCCGUCCCCUCAGAACGGGAAGGAACUGUCUCUGUGGGGUCUUCACGUGGACACGCGGUCUGUGUGUCUGUGUGAGGGGGACACAAAUAUGGAGACAGUCUGCAGACGGUCCGCUGUCAUGGCGUCUCCUCAGCAGCAGCAUCUAUCAUCAGAGGGGACCCGGGGGACGGGGGGGACCACGCCAUCGGUUUGUCAUACUUAACUGGUCUGUCUUCACUUGAGAGGACUGCAGACAGGACCAGGAGGAGCUGGAUCACAGAGGAUCAAGAUCACACAAAACCAGAUCUGGAUUUCUGUCCUCAUUGUGGUUCAGAGAAGAUCAUAGAAAUAUGAACAUAGAUGUCUCUCAAACUGAUCCUCCUGCAGGAUCUUUAAAUGAUCUGGGUCAGUGUCCAACCAUGUAGACCCUCAGAGACCGAGGGGACAGACAAAAACUGAGUUUGUUAUUAAAGAGGGACAGAAGUCCACAGAGACUCUAGGACACGUCCUCCACACUGAAGAGGACUCCACUGUGUCCUGUCUCCUAACUCCUGUCUCCUCACUCUGUGUCCUGUCUCCUAACCCCUGUCUCCUCACUCUGUGUCCUGUCUCCUAACUCCUGUCUCCUCACUCUGUGUCCUGUCUCCUAACUCCUAAUUCCUGUCUCCUCACUCUGUGUCCUGUCUCCUAACUCCUGUGUCCUCACUCUGUAUCCUGUCUCCUAACUCCUGUCUCCUCACUCUGUGUUCUGUCUCCUCACUCCUGUGUCCUCACUCUGUGUCCUGUCUCCUCACUCCUGUGUCCUCACUCUGUGUCCUGUCUCCUGACUCCUCUCUCCUCGCUCUGAGCUGCUGUCCUCUCAGCUGUAGGUACCCCCCCACACACACACUCACACACACACACACCUUCACCCCCCACUUCACAGGAGGUCCGGUUUGUCCUCCUGACUCGUCUUCAGUCUCUCGUCUCACAUCUUCAUUUCUUCUCCAUCUUAAUGAUUUUUUUCUCCAGAGUUCAUUGAUUGAUUGAUUGAUUGAUUGAUUUGGAUCCCAUCAGCUCCUCUUCUUGGGUCCACCUGAAGACAGUAAACAUUCAUAAACAUUAAAAUGAUAAAAGUCCAAACAGGAGAAAAGACGUUAAAAUCAGAACUGAAACCAGAAUUAUGACGACGUCACAUUUCCAAUAAAGACCAGGAUCAAUGUACCAAUAAUCAAAGUCCCAUUGUCAUGUAUUCGAUGUUGUCUCAGUCGAGUCUUUUUUCAGUGAGUCUUCAGAUAUCAGUAGAUCGUCUUUUUAAACACGUUAACCUCGUAAUAACAGAAGGAAGACGACCUCAUGUUUCCCUCUGAACACGACAGAACUCCGUCCAGAGUUCAUGUUGGUGAGAGGAAGAGUGAAAAAAACAUUUAAUGUUGAAAUUAUGAUCAUUACGACUGAACAGCAGCUGAUUAAACUAAAUAUUUGACUUUUAUUCACUAAGAAGAAGGAAAUCAGAGACACAGUCCUCCUCUCUUUCAGCCUGAUGUCACGUGUAUUUUGUGGAUGUUGGUUCUUCUCUCACAGUUCAGCGCUCGCCUCACAGAUCUGCUGUCAUUUCUGACCACACAGCUGAAUAAUAGUCCAAGUGAGUAAAUACUAAUGUUUGUAAAAGUCUGGAGAUGCAGUUCUGAGAUUUAGCACAUCAGUUUAUUCCUGUCAGACUCCAACAGUUUUCUCGAUCUGCUUUGACCUCCUCAGUCUGCCGUCUAAAACCAAACCGAGGACUUUGACUCGUUCAGAGGACACGUCUCUGACUGAUCGGUUUAACUUUGGUUUGUCUUUCAAUUUAACAUUUAAUUCAUAUUUACAUUAAAUAUAUUUUCCUGAUAGUCUCUGUGUAUCUGUGUCUCUGUGUGUACAUAUAUAUAUGUGUGUGUGUGUGUGUGUGCGCCUCCUCUUGAUCAGAACCCCCUGAUCCUCUUGUUUUCUUCCCUGCUGCUCCUUCUGACUCCGGCCUCUAGGUGUCACUGUGUCUGUUCGGUAAAACUCUCUCUGGUUUCCUCUCAAGGUUCUCCCCUGAGCUCCCUGACAACAGAAACAGAAACCCGGUUCUGCUCUCAGGGCGGAAAAAAACAGCUGAUUUUCAGGUCCUCUGAGUCCUGAACAGACGCUGACCCGGUUCUUGUCCUGGGUCUUGAUUUCAGACCUGGUCAGUCUCGGGUUUCUGUGGGACACAUUUGGGUCUUUAUCUGAGAGGAGGACCGAGUUCUUCUGCAGUGAGGAGGUUCUGAAGAGGCUCUGAAAGGCCUGAAAAUGGACCCUGAUCAGAACCAGCCAGCAGAGACCUGGUUCAGGGAGAUGAUCAGGUUUGGAUCUGGUCUAAGAGAGAAUAUUUAUAAAUAUAUUUAUAAAUAUUCUUUAUUUAUUUAUUAUAAAUACAAAUAUUCUUUAUAAUAAUAAUAAUAAUAAUAAUAAUAAUAAUAAUAAUUGUUAUUAUUAUUAUUAUUAUUAUUAUUAUAAGAAUAAAAAGAAAAGAGCUGAAGGUUCGGAGUCUCAUAAAGACCUGCACAUCCUGGUCCUGGACUUGGACUGGAGUCUGAAACUGAUCCACAUGAGAUCAGAACCUCAUGAAUGAUGUUCAGAGUAAAACUGUUCAGGUUUACAGACCGUCACAGAUAUUGAUCAUCAGAACCAAAGUCCAGUUUCAUCCUCCUGAUCCGGUUCUUUAAGGAGGACUCAGACUCUGAUUGGUCUCCAGAGUUUCUUUGUUUGUUUGUUUGUUUCUGGAUUUAUGACGUCAUUCAAUCAUCAAUAUUAAUCCAUCAGUUCACCUGAUCUCCUUCAUCAGCAGCAGAACUUUAAUCUGGGGGUCCAUGUGGAUCCUGUGACCCGGUUCAGCAGUAAAUGAGUCUGAUGGGGUCGGUUCUAGAACUGCUGGACUGUGUGGAUCUGUGUGAAUACUACUACUACUACUACUACUACUACUAUUACUAUUACAACUACUACUACUUCUACUACUACUAAUAAUAAUAAUUAAUAAUAAGUUAUUAGACGCGGAUGUUCCUGGUGUUAAUCCUCCUUAAAUGCUGCAGACUUGAUGAAACACUGAAAUGUUGUUUUUUAUUCAUGUAUUUUUCUGUAAAUCUAAAGAGUUUUUUAUUUUUUAUUAUUGUGAUUAUUUUGAGUUGAACUCUGUUCCUCAGAGUCUCAGUGAAGACCCUCAUGUUGGUCUCCUCCACACUAAAGUCGGAUUUCCACACAAUGCUCCUCAAUCCCAUUGACUCAGCGGACCACCUUAAAAGCUUUAGUCCCGCCCCCUAAGCUUCCUCCGGCGCCUCUGAUUGGCUGAGACCUCCUGCAUGGCAGCGGCUGUAGAAAUGCAAAACUUGUUGCUGGAUCGUGUGGACGCGUUGAUCUCACACAGCGCCAAGCGGCUCAGCGGAGAACGAGUGUGUCCGUGGAUCUGUCCCCAGCGCGCCCACACCACCUCAGCAGAGACAGAGUCCACGGAGGGACGCGGACUUACAGGACAAAAACGAACCAAACGGACUAAAAACGAGACGGUCCGUCCGUGCAGAGCGCAGCAGCGGCGGGGUGGAGGAUGCAGUCAAGCCGCUCGGCGGUGCUGGGGUGCGGGUAGUGCACGCUGCUCUGCUCGGGGUUCGGACUGCGUAA